CUGAUGGGGGCGCUGUUCAGAACCGACAGUUAUGCACAACUACCAAAGUUUUGCCUUUCUCGGGAACGCACCGUCAUGGCGGCCCAUAACGUCGACGUUUCGUCCAAAACAUCGGGUUACGACAUCAAACCUAGACAUGUUUCAGAUUUCGCGCAGACUGAGGAUGAGCCCGUCAAAGCCCCCUCCGGAGUCAGAAGACCGCCACACCCCAUGAAGACAGCUGGUCUCUUCUCAAAAUUAGUAUUCUUCUGGAUGUUUAAUUUCUUCCGUCGAGGCUACAAGAGACCUCUUGUUGAAACAGACUUGUAUGACGUUCUGCCUGACGACUCCGCUGUUAUUGUGGUCGGUAAACUCGAGAGGGAGUGGAAUAAAGAAAUUAAGAAAAGUGAAGCCACGGGAAAGCCUUCGUCUCUUCGAUGGGCGUUGCUUAGAGCUUUUGGCUGGCAUUACAUGAUACAUGGUUUGCCUGCAUUCAUUGAGGUCGUCUUGAAGAUGGCCCAGCCAGUGAUGCUGAGUCGUCUUGUUCUGUACUUCUCCACGGACCUCGUGUCGACCACGGAAGCCUACUUGCAAGCAUUGGGCAUGUCCUUGUCUUCCCUGCUCAUACUUAUAGCCGGCCAUUUUUGCUACUUCGGCUAUUGGAUCACAGGAAUGAGGCUAAGGACGGCCUGCUCGGGUCUCAUCUUCAGAAAGGCCUUAAGACUCAGCAACCUAGCUUUAGGAGAAACGACAAUCGGUCAACUGGUCAACAUCUUAUCCAAUGACGUCAACAGAUUCGAUUUGGCUUUCCGGCUCCUCCACUACCUCUGGAUAGCUCCUCUACAGCUGACUAUCGUGGUCGCCCUAGCCUGGAGAGAGAUCGGAGUGUCUUGCCUUGCCGGGACUUCCAUUUUGAUCUUCAUGGCACCCCUCCAAAUUUACAUUGGGAAACUAGCUUCCAAAUUUAGAUCCAAAACGGCCUUGUUGUCGGAUGCAAGGAUCCGCAUCAUGAAUGAAGUGAUAUCUGGCAUACGCGUCAUCAAGAUAUACGCGUGGGAACAUUCGUUUGGAAAACUGGUCGCCGAAAGCCGAGCAAAGGAGGUACGAAAGAUUUUACACAGUGCCUAUUUGCACGCAAUAAUUGGAGCCCUCCGGUUCGAUGGCGCUCUGUUGACGACAUUCAUCACAUUCAUUGUCUACGCCUCUCUGGGAAAUCCUGUCACGCCCUCUAAGGUCUUCCCCCUGCUCGCACUGUUCUACAGCGCCAGGAUUUGCCUGUCCAACAAUUUCCCAUUCGCGAUCAUGCACGGAUCGGAGGGACUCGUCUCCAUUCGAAGGAUUCAGAUGUUUUUGCUGAUGGAUGAGCUGCAGAGACACGUAAACGAGCCUAAUACGGACGUCAUGGAUGAUAUUUUCCUGGAAGAGCAAACGGCCCUAUUGGACGAGAUCAAAGCAGAUGAUACCUUAAAGAAUGAUAAGUUGGACAUUUCAGAGCAUCCAGAGAGCGCACAAACAAACAGAACGAAUAGUGUGAUUGAGUCUGCGGACAAUGGUGAGUUGGUUGACUACCUUAGAACUGCCGUAAGCGAGGAAGAGGAACCAGUCGAGACUAAUCCUCAUGCGAACAAGCUCAAUACUGGGACAGACGUACGGGCCCAAAUUGUCGUGGAGAAUAUGUACGGAUCUUGGAACAAGGACACCAGGAACACAGUGCUACAAGACGUCAGUUUCCGAAUUCAACCAGGGGAGUUGCUUGCAGUCAUUGGGCCUGUUGGGUGUGGCAAGUCUUCGCUUCUGGCUGCCUUACUGGGAGAGAUACCUACUGUAUCAGGAGUUAACACCCUGAAUGGUCGGGUUGGCUACACGGCUCAACAGCCCUGGAUCCUUUCUGGCUCGCUAAGAGACAACAUCCUCUUCGGCAGCAAAUACAAGCAGGCCAAGUACCAGCGAAUCAUUAAACAUUGUGCGCUAACCAGAGAUAUCGAACUGCUUCCUGAAGGUGACCUGACGCUGGUUGGUGAGCGUGGUGUGACCCUUAGUGGAGGUCAGAGGGCAAGGGUUAGCCUCGCCAGGGCCUUGUACAGUGAUGUCGAUGUGUAUCUACUAGAUGAUCCUCUGAGUGCAGUGGAUCCGGCAGUUGGUAGACACCUCUUUGAAAAGUGCAUUCUCCAUGAAAUGAGGGACAAAGCUGUGAUCAUUGUCACCCAUCAGCUUCAAUUCAUUGACAAGGCUGACAAGAUUCUCAUCCUUCAGGAGGGCAAGGUGGCUGGAUACGGAACCUACAAAGAGCUGCAGGAAGACGGCAUGGACUUUGCAUCCCUUUUGAAGAAGAAAUCUGAAGAUGGUGAUUACGAUGGAGAGGAUAAGCAGGAUGUAAAUCCUGAACGACUUGACGACAAGGUGUCCAUCUGUUCAGAUGACUCGGAUGGGGUUGAGACACCUGUUGGUAUCGUCCCGGAGGAGAUGGCGGCCGGCACUGUGGAGUGGAUGGUGUACAUCCGGUUCCUCGUAGCGGCUGCAGGGGUCCCCUUUGCGCUCGUCUGGGUCAUUGUCGUAGUCGGUGCACAGGCAUUGCUUUCUUACGCGGAUGUCUGGCUAGCGAUGUGGACAAACGAAGAAGAGAACGAUCUGGUGGACAGAAAUAUUACCAGUCAGUAUUAUCAGGACGGUACGGAGUACGGCAACCGGUCAUACUACAUCAGAAUAUACGCCAUCUUGUGUGGAGCUACCACCGCCGCCUCGUUUCUUCGGGCCUUUCUGUUCUAUCAUGUCUUUGUUACGGCAUCAAAGGCUCUUCACAACCAGAUGUUUGACGCUAUCAUCAGAGCGCCCAUGCAGUUUUUUGAUACAAAUCCCGUGGGUCGGAUUCUGAAUCGCUUUGCUAAGGAUAUCGGCUACAUGGAUGACGUUUUGCCAUCCACAUUCACCGAAUUCCUUGAGCUUUCUUUAGGUGCGAUUGCAACUGUCAUCGUGAUCUCCAUCUUCAAUCCUUUUUGCCUCGCUUUCACAUUGCCGAUUGGCUUCGUCUUUCACUUCACAAGGAAGUACUACUUAGCCUCCUCUCGAGACGUUAAAAGAUUAGAAGGAAAAGCUCGCAGUCCGGUAUUCUCCCACCUGUCAGCCACCCUGACUGGUCUGAGUACCGUCCGCGCCUUCAAGGCUCAGCAGCGAUUCACCGCGGACUUUGACGGGUACCUGGACGGCCACACUAGGGCCUGGUUCCUAUUCCUGUCUGCGGCUCGAUGGUUCGGUGUUCAGCUGGAUUUCUUGUGUGUAUUAGUUAUCACCGGAGUCAGUUUGACCUGCAUCCUUGCCGCAGAUCUUCUUGAUCUCAACUCUGGCAUUGUCGGUCUCUCCUUGAUCUAUGCCAUGAGUCUCAUGGGGGAGUUCCAGUGGGCGGUGCGACAGAGUGCAGAGUUAGAAAACCAGAUGACUUCAGUGGAGCGUGUUUGCCAGUAUAUCGAUAUCAAACCGGAGGCACCGUUGCAAACCGAUCACAUGCCACCUCCAGACUGGCCACAAGAUGGCGGCAUUACGCUCCAAGACGUCUCUCUGAGAUACAGUGAUGAUGGGCCAUUGGUACUACGCGAAAUUAACUGCGCCAUCAGGCCAACAGAAAAGGUGGGCAUCGUAGGCCGGACAGGAGCCGGCAAGAGCUCUCUAAUGACAGUACUGAUGAGACUGGCUGAGCCCACAGGUACCAUAAUGAUAGACGGUAUCAACACAGCUCUGAUAGGACUGCAUGACCUCCGCAAGAAAGUCUCAUUCAUCCCACAGGACCCAGUUCUAUUCAGUGGAACACUUCGCAAGAACCUGGAUCCUUUCAGUGGGCACUCGGAUUCUGAUAUAUGGAGGGCUUUUGAAGAGGUUGAGUUGAAACCAGCGAUUGAGGAGCUACCGGACAAGUUGGAGGCAGUCUUGACCGAGGGAGGCACUAAUUUCAGUGUGGGUCAGAGGCAGCUACUGUGCCUGGCUAGGGCUAUCCUACGCAAGAACAAGAUCCUCAUAGUGGACGAAGCCACAGCCAACGUGGACAUCAGAACUGACCGUUUGAUUCAAGCAACCAUCAGACGGCGGUUCAAACACUGCACAGUUCUGACAAUAGCUCAUCGUCUCAACACAAUCAUGGAUUCGGACAAAGUUAUGGUGCUUGACGCAGGGCAGCUCAUCGAGUUUGACGAGCCUUACGUUCUGCUUCAGAAGGAAGACGGUAUCUUCAGCAAGGUGGUGCAAGAGACAGGCAAGGCAGAGGCAGUCAAACUCCUGCAGAUCGCCAGAAAGACAUCAACGACCCUGAAGACGUAGACAAACCCAUGUAUCCCUUGACAAAUUUGACAUCAACAAACAAUUAAUGUUAGAUUCACAGUGAAACUGAAAAAAAAACACGAGAUGUGAACGAAUUUGAUCGGCGAGAAGAUUGUAUUGUCUUCAAUAAGGACGUUUGUCGUAUUUGAACUUCUGGAUUGUGGUAGGGUUUGGUAGAGGCGUUUGAGAAUGAACAAUGCCCCAUAAGCGAUAGUUCCAGGGAAUAGUAAACUGUGUUGUUGUAGCUGAACGAGUGAUGCGUGAUGGUCUGUAUUGUUGGCUGAAAUCUGACAUGUAAACUGGUGAGGGUCCAUGAAUUGUUUGAAGGCAAAGCAAGAAUAGUUGAAGCGAUAAGCGGUCAUUAAUAUGUAGCCAAUUCAGUUACUUCAAUACGUGUGUAUAAUCAUUUUUGUAUAAAUGCCUGAGACAGUAUAAAACAAGAACGUUUAAAACCGGCUCGGGCCCUGGUCGCCGAUAUUGUCACUCACCUUCCAUCAGGGCCGUUGUACGCGUCCAUGCCCCAAUUCGGAUUUAAAAAGUAUCUUAAGUUAACCUUAUUAAUUAAUAUAUGCAAAACGGUACUAAUGUUCAUUGAAAAAUAGCAUGCUUAGUGUUAUAUCAACAUAAAUCAAUGUAUCAAUGAAUACAUUUACAUGUAUUCCCUUCAAAAAUAAUAUUGUAAUUCGUACUUUUGCAUUGAAAGGGUUUAUCUUCGAGACAAAAGCCGUACCCAAUUGUCACCUUUUUUCCUUGUCAUGUAGUUCAGCCUUUGUGGAAAUCAUGUUAUUCUUCAGCGUUUGUUUACGAUAUUGUUGUGUUUUCAUCUUUGUAUUUUAAUUGGUGUGUUAUUUUAUCCCAAAUUACUACUCUUUGUAUUUUUGUGUAA